AUUUCCUAAAACCGAGGUCCAGUGAAAACUGGCUCAGGCUACUCGAGAGUCUAAGGAGAUGAGCAAAUCUACUAUAAGUCCAGCCUGCAAAUAUAGCCAGCUCACUGGAUCUGAAUUCGAGAGGGUCCUUAGAACAAGGAAUGUGGAAUGUCAGGAUGAGGCUGAUCUUUAGAGAUUACCUAGUCCAAUGAUCACCUCAUUUUACAGGGUCAGAAACUAAGGCGUAGGGAAAGAAAGAGACUGACCCUCAUCAUGGGCAGCAAAGCCAAACUGAAGCUAAGUUCUAGGACUUCCAAUCUAGGAGUCUUUCCACCACCCAACCUUGACCAGGAAAGUGUCUGGAGCUGAAGAAAAGUUGAUAGAACUCGGAGAAUCGUUGCCUGUUAUAUUUGAUGGUGGUUCCAGAUACUUCAAAGUGGGAUAUGGCGGAGAAUACAGCCCCCGAUUUGUCUUCCCCAGUGCCAUUGGGCACUACAGAUGGCAGAAUAUAAAAUCUGGAAUGGAUUUAAGGGAUACCUUCAUUGGCAACGAAGUCAUCGAAAAGUGGGCAAAUCUCCUUGUGAAAUAUCCCAUUGAACAUGGAAUCAUUGUCAACUGGGACGACAUGGAAAAGAUCUGGCAUCACUCCUUCUACAAUGUGCUCCAUGUAGACCCAGAAAAACAUCCUCUUCUGGUGACAGAACACCUCUUUACUCCAAAAGCCAAUAAAGAGAAAUUGAUAGAGGUCAUGUUUGAAUCCUUUAGAGUUCCUGCCUUAUACGUAGCAAUCCAGGACAUCUUGUCACUGUUUUCUUCAGGCCGGACAUCUGGACUCAUCGUGAACUCCGGAGAUCAGAUGACGUACGGCGUGCCCAUCGAGGGCGGCGACAUCCUGCCCGACUCCAUCAUGACCAUGGAGGUGGCCGGCCACGACCUCUCUAUGGCCCUCAUGAAGAGCCUCGUCAACAAGGGCUACUCGCUGUGCACCAUGGUUGAACUGAACUUAGUGAGAGCCAUCAAGGAGAAGCUGUGCUACGUGGCUUUGGACUUCUUCGAUGAGAUGUUUUCAGAAGAUGCCACAGCGGAGACCUUCACGCUCCCUGACGGCCGCAUCAUUUCCGUGAAGGAGGAGAGGUACCGAGUUCCUGAGGCUUUCUUCCAGCCCUCCUUGCUAAGUAUGUCCACCAGAGACAGACAGGCUGAUUUCACAUGUCCGGGUCUUCACAAAAGCAUACACGAACUCAUUAUGAACUGUGACCCAGUUCUAAGGAAGAUAUUCAAAAUGAACACCAUCCUUUGUGGAGGCAGCAUGGCAUUCCCAGGCAUGGAACGACGGAUGGUAAAGGAGCUCCAGGCCCAGGAGCAUCAACUGACUAAUAUUAAGGUGAUCGUGCCUUCAGAAUGCUGGUUCUCUUCCUGGUGUGGUGGCUCCAUCCUGACUGGUCUGAAUUCUUUUCAACAUAUGUGGAUCUAUGAUUAUGAAUAUCAGGACAUUGGCGCUACCAUCAUCCAUCGUAGAUGCUUCUGAGCUUGGUCCUACCCCCCCGCCCCCCACACACACACCAGGCCAUUCUAUCUUGCUUCCAACUCCAAACUUCUCCUCCUGAGGUAGCCCUCAAUAAAAGUCUGGGGUGCCAACACCCA